UAGUUAAUUUUACACAGCAGUGUUGAAGAUUCACUACUUGGUUGGAGUUAUUUUAGCCAUUCUUCAUGUAUCUUUUGAAGACCUUAUAAUCAAGUUCAUUAUGGAUAAGGACACACUUAAGUUUGGAUUUGCAACUUUUUCAGUACCAUCGCUCCCUUCAACAAUGAAAAGAUGAGAUGCUUAAUGUCAACUAGUGAUACUUCAAGCCAUCUCUAGUGAUUGUUCAAAGCUGGAAACAAAUUUGAAAAAAAUGCUCUAACAUAAAUAAAUAUUAAAUAUUUAGUUCAAAUACUAAGGAAGAGUGUGCAUGUAUUAAAGUAUCAAUUGAAAUCAGAGAUGAAUGGAGAAAAUUUAUCCCCAGCUUUGAUCUCUUGGGUGCAUCAUAUAUGUGCUUAUGGUUGAUGCACUCAAGGUUGAGUUGUAGCUCUGAAAGGGUCUCACUAAUUUUGAUGGCUGAUGAAGGAUUAAAAUAUUGGCCAUCAUACAAGUUGAUGAAGAAUAAUUUAGUGUUUAGCAGCUUUUAUGAUAUUUGCAUAUUAGCUACAUGACUAAGCAAUAUUAAGUUGAGCUUAAUAAGAGAAGAUCAUUAGCAGCACAAAUUCAUGUAAAUUGAUUUUUGCAAAUGCCGUCUAAUCCAUUGUCAAAUUGUACAGUACUGCCCAUAGCACAAUGUAGUUUUGGUUAUUUUCUUUCUUAUUUAAAUCUUCUUUCUUUCACUUAACUUUGGAGACUUUGGAUUUCUUCUUUUACUUGAGGAGCAUAAUUUUCUUUCAGUAAAAAUUUGAGGUUCGAUUCAUAAAAGUAAAGGAAAUUGAUACUCUUUAUAGCAAGGAGAGGCCAUGGUGAAGACAUAGGUUGGUUGAAAAGUAAACAUUUAUGUAGUCAAGAUGAGUGGGAAUACAAAUCAAUAGACAUCGAUCAUUCAGAUUUGUGAGGAUGUCCUUCAAAGUCCAUGAAUGGUUCGACCACCUGAAAUUCCGCUUCCUUGAUCUUUGAAAAAAUCGAUCCCACAACAACGGCUUCUAUGAGGAAGGCGGCGCAAAGGAGGCAUUUUGGGUCUUAUAGUGAACAUGAAAUUCCUUGGAGAAACACAUGGCAUGCCUAAUAUCACUAGACCUAAUAAAGUGAUGUUAAUUCUAAUGGUGAUUGAGAUUGUUGAAGCGAGGGCUAAUUUUUAUUUAUCAUGAUUUGAAUUUGGUUGAAUGGGAGUUUAAUGGGGGAGGGCUUGAGGGCAGAAUCUUUAAUUUUUUUUAUUGUUAAUACUGCAUAAAUGCUAUUUGAUCUGGCUACUAACCACUCAUACAGCCCACCUAAUCAUCUUAGCCAACUUAACCACCUCACUUGGGAGGCCAGAACUACUUUGAAGUUCAUUGAAGCUAUGUUCAAAAGAAAGAUUUGCUUUGGUUUUGGUUGAAAUUUUAAUGGUGACUGUCAAAUAUUAUCUAAUCAAAUCCACCUAACUCAAUAGACAAUCUGGGAGCUAGACCUGGAAGAAAGAGAGAGAGAGAAGAAAGAAAAUUGGCAAAGGAGUCUGAAAGUUCUACUUUCUUAACCUCACAUCAGGUUCCUUUUUGGUCUUUAUAAAGUGGAAAGAUGCUGGAAAAGAUUGGUUUGCCAGCCAAGCCAUCGAUGCGAGGCGGAAGUUGGGUGAUUGAUGCAACCCAUUGCCAGGGUUGUUCUUCUCAGUUCACAUUUAUCAAUAGGAAGCAUCAUUGCCGCAGAUGCGGAGGCUUGUUCUGCAAUAGUUGCACUCAGCAGAGAAUGGUUUUACGUGGACAAGGUGACUCACCAGUUCGAAUAUGUGAUCCUUGCAAACAAAUAGAGGAAGCAGCACGCUUUGAGUUGAGAUAUGGACACAAAAGUCGAGCUGCAAAAGGUAAUCUGAAACACGCCUUAAAGCAUGAGGAAGAAAUUCUAGGUCAGAUUCUUGGAACUGAUGGGAAGCAGCAUUUGUCAUCUGGACAAGAAUCGCAUGCUGAUGCAAUUUCUGAUCGUCAGAAGUUUGGGAGCAGCGCUUCCUGUUCAAGUUUGAAUGAGUCUGCUACUCCAUUUAGGGAAGUAGGUAUUAUUAAGAGCACAUCUGUUGAAAUGCACAAUGCUGCCCACACUGAUGUUGUGUCCAGUAGCCCAGAAGAAUUGCGUCAGCAAGCUGUUGAGGAGAAGAAAAAGUAUAAGAUCCUGAAAGCAGAAGGAAAAUCUGAGGAAGCACUUCAAGCCUUCAAGCGUGGUAAAGAACUUGAGAGACAAGCUGGGGCUUUAGAAAUUGCAAUAAGAAAGAGCCGUAGAAUGGCUUCAAAAGCUUCAAAUUUGAGCAGCACGGCUGGCACCCAAAAUACAGAUGAAAGUGAAGAGUUGGGCAGUAAAAGAAAGUUACCAUCACAAAGGAGUAAAAAGGAAAAGGAUGACCUUGGUGCUGAACUUAGAGAACUGGGAUGGUCUGAUGCUGAUCUUCAUGAUGCAGAUAAAAAGUCCGUGAAGCUGAGUUUGGAGGGUGAACUGUCAAAUCUUCUUGGAGAAGUCACUCCAAAAUCCUCUCAAGGUGGGAAAACUGGUGGUAUUGAUAAGUCUCAGAUCACUGCUCACAAGAAAAAGGCUCUUUUGCUUAAGCGAGAAGGGAAGCUUGCUGAGGCAAAGGAAGAACUGAAGAAGGCCAAAAUUUUAGAAAAACAACUAGAAGAACAGGAGCUCUUGGGUGAGGAUGAAGAUUCUGACGAUGAGCUAUCUGCUUUAAUCCGCGGUAUGGAUGAUGACAAACAAGAUGAUUUAGUAUUGGACCAUGCACCUGACCCUGAUAGAAACUUCAACCACUUUUUAGGUGUCAUAGAUGAUCUUUCUAUUGAUGGAAAUUUUGAAGUGACAGAUGAUGAUAUAAAUGACCCAGAGCUAGCUGCUGCCUUGAAAUCAUUUGGCUGGAGCGAAGAGGAUGAUCAAGCAACCAAUCAUGUCAUGCAAUCUGUUGCUGUGGACCGAGAAGCAUUGCAGAGCCAAGUGCUUGCCCUGAAGAGAGAGGCCCUCAGCCAAAAACGAGCAGGCAACACUGCAGAGGCAAUGGAACUGCUUAAGAAAGCUAAACUACUUGAGAAGGACCUGGAGAGUAUGCAGUCUGAUGCUGAAAUCUUUACACCAGAACUGAAGCAGGAGACUUCAACCACUCAAGUUUCUGUAGAUCCAUUUGUGGCAGGGACAUCUUUUGAAGAAAGUAUUACAGAAAUAAGUAACUCAUUUGUUAGAUCUCCACCAAAAAGUAAACUAGCAAUUCAGAAAGAGCUACUGGCUUUGAAAAAGAAGGCACUCACUUUAAGAAGGGAAGGGCGCUUGAACGAGGCAGAGGAAGAACUGAAGAAAGGAAAAUUUCUUGAGCAACAAUUGGAAGAGAUGGAAAAUGCACCAAAAAGGCCUGUAGCUAAAGUGGGCAAGAGGACUUUGGAAUCAACCCAUACACAUGAGGCUGCUUCUGUGACUGUAGGUCUUGGAGAGGAAGGGUUGGAUGCAGAGGUAACAGAACAAGACAUGCAUGAUCCAGCCUUGCUUUCAGUUUUGAAGAAUUUGGGAUGGAACGAUGAUGAUGUCGAAUCUGUUAGCAUGACAAAUAAACCCACUGAACAGAUGAAUGAUGAAUCUGCCCAUGAUAGUGUCCCUUCUGUAAUGCCUCGCAAGGCAAUGAGGAGUAAGGCUGAACUUCAGAGAGAAUUAUUAGCCUUAAAAAGAAAGGCUUUGGCCUUAAGACGCCAAGGGAAAACUGAGGAGGCUGAGGAAAUGCUGGAGAAGGCCAAGGCCUUGGAAAAUGAGAUGGCAGAUAUGGAAAACUUGCACAAUGUCAACACUAUGCAGGUGGAAUCACAUGUACUCAGAACCCUGGAAACACAAAAGAGAUCAGAUAAUCAGAAAAAUACUGGUGAUGUACAAAAUACUGAUGCAGACUUAUUGUCUUUUAUGAAUGAUAUGCCGAAGGAUAAGGUGGUCCUGACACGGGAUGCAUAUGAUGUCAAUUUAAAAAAAAUGAGUGAAGCAAGAAAACCUCUUCCACCUGGAUCUGGUGGGAAAGUUCCUGAAACAUCGUGGCAUGAGCUGCAGAAAUUUGGAAAACCAGGUCUUCUAGCUGCAGAAAGUUCUAUAGACCAGCCUUCAGACUUGCUUGAUUUUCUCUCAGGCAACGAGGAAAAGAUUUCACGGCCAGCUUCUGGAGAAUCAGCAUGGGAAGAAACUCCAGAAGCCAAUAGUUCCUCUCCUGCGAGUGUUCCGAUCGAGCCACGAAUUCAGGUUAGUGCCAAAGAGACCAUUGGUGAAACUGAAAUACUCUCACAUGGAGGCUCAACUCUUCAUAUGGCUCAGAAGAAAGAGAUAAAUGUUGCUACCACAGAUAAUUCCUUAGCACCUGUAGAAAGAUUAGAUCAUGGGACUGAUGCUCUUAAGGAUAAUAUUCUGGCUCGUAAGAGAAGGGCUCUUGCCCUAAAGAGAGAAGGGAAGUUGGCAGAAGCCCGAGAAGAACUGAGGCAAGCAAAAAUUUUGGAAAAGAGUCUAGAAGAUGGUCAACAAAGCAACAUGGGUAGUCCAAGUGUUCUGGCUUCUACUUCCGACACUACUUCUGUCGUGCAAGAAAACAAAACCAACCAAUCAAAGAAACCUAUUUCAGGCCGUGAUCGCUUAAAAAUACAGCAGGAGUCCCUCUCUCACAAGCGCAAUGCUUUGAAGCUGCGACGAGAAGGAAAGAUGGAGGAGUCAGAGGCUGAACUUGAACUAGCCAAGGCAUUGGAGAACCAAUUAGAAGAGUUGGAUGCACAACGUUCAAGCACCAGCACUUCUGGCAAAUUGGAAGCAAUGGAUGAUGCAGUUGUGGAGGAUCUGCUUGAUCCUCAACUCAUGUCUGCCCUCAAGGCAGUUGGGUGGCAAGAUACCGAUUUCGGAGUGCAACCUUCAAGAAAAUCAGAGUCUAAGCCAAAAGUUGAGAAGGAUGGAAAUCCUCAAGCGGAGAAAGCUAAUCUGGAAGAACAGAUAAAAGCUGAGAAGCUUCGAGCGCUUAACUUGAAACGGGCAGGUAAGCAACCAGAGGCUUUGGAAGCUCUCCGCUCAGCCAAACAUCUUGAAAAGAAGCUUGCCUUAUUAACUUAAACAGCACAUGGUAGAGCAACGAUAAUCUACACAUGCUAAACACAUUUGGAUAUUAUUGCUAUCUUUCAUUUGUUUAGUCUCUCUCUCAAAAAUAAUGCUGCUAUCUUUGAUGAUAGCCUGAGUUGUAAUUAUGUAGUAGAAGUGUAUAACAUGUUGACAAAUUCAUUUGAAGGACUUAAUCAAGACUUGAAAGAUUAUUGCAGCUAGGUUUAAUUA